CCACAAUCGCGGUGAACCUGAAGAAGUGAACAAGCAAUGGCGAGCAAAGAAGGCAGCACCGCCGCCGCCAGCACCAGCACCAGCAGCAAGAAGAAGAACAAGACGGCAGCGGCGAGUGGGAAGGAGAGCCCGGCUGCUGCGACAACAGAUGAUAAAGGCAAGAAGGAAGGCGGAGAUGGAGCGCCGGUGGUGAAGAAGCAGCGGAGACGACAAAAGCGGAAGCUGAAGAUCAGCCUGCCGCAGCUGCAGAGCCUCGGCUUGCGUGGGAAGGAAGGGUUUGCCACCACGAAAUCAGGAACCACGUUUGAUGGCAAGGUGAAGAAAGUCUAUGACAAACACAGCGAAGCGUGGUGGCGUGACAAAGAGCGAAAGACGCAGCAAUGGCAGCGGCGUUCUCACAACAUUGAAACGGUCAGCGGCGACACAUUCAGCGCCACGCUAUGGUCUCCAACAGACCGCCCUGCGUAUGAGUUUCCUGCACACGACGAUCAAAUCAGCAAGGUGACGCUGGCGCAGCCUGCAGCAAAGCACGCCGCAUACCUCAAAUCGCGACUGCGAAACCUGGAGGUGCAUCUCAUGUUGGCAAAGCAGAAGCUGCGACAGCUCAAGGGGUUGCCGCCAACGCUUACCCUGGACGACCUGAAGCACUUGACCGCUCCCGCAUCCAAGCGCGCCAAGCGCGGCGCAGCUGCAGCAGCAUCAACAACGACGACAGCAAUGACGAGUGCGGCAGAGAAGCAGACGACAACAGCAGCAACACCAUCCUCAUCAUCAACCUCUCAAUCAUCCAGGGCGAAACCUCGCACCGCAUCCGCACCAACUCUGACCUCCUCUUCCUCCUCCUCCUCCUCUUCUUCUUCAUCAAGCGUAAAACAGCACCAACAACAGCCCAAAGAAGCGCCCUCGCACUGCUCCCUGUCGCCAUCGCCGACCACCCCCACCGCCACCCCUCCACCCCGGCCUCGAUCGGCGCAGCCAAAGGCAAGCAAGCCCGCCGCCCCAAGAGCAAGGAAGCCCAGAUCGACGUCAAGGCCCGCAAGUGCCGCUCGGUCCCGAAGAACAGCCACAGGCACGAGCACCACCACAGCAAGCACAACCCCAGCAACUGCAAGCAGUGGCAACAGCGGCAGCACCAAGCCCGCGACGCCGUCGCCGCUGGCUACGAGCACGCGCACGGCAAAGUGACGUGGCAUGACAUGACAUGAUUACGCACUAUCGCGCUCGCAGAGUGUCGCGGGCAUUGCGGGUGUUUUUGCUGCUUUGAGUUGACAUGAGCCUUGCUGUGUUGGCAGCCAUACUUUGAGUUGACAUAAGCCCUGCUUCGGAACUACGCUUUGCCUCCUUCAUUGCACUGACUUGAUGCCCAUUUGUUGACAUGCGUUGUAUUUGUGAUGAAUGAAACGAUAUGCACAACACAGGGACUAAGGGCUGUUGUUGCGCUGUUGUUGGAUACGUACACACAAGUAACUCUCUCACGCC